UUAUUUCGCAAAGAAAGAUGUUACAAAUUAAAUACCUAUCGCUAAUUCAUUUAUAAAUAAAAUGUAGUCGAUGUGUGAGUCUGAACAUAAAGGGCGCGAUUUUAGCUAGAACAGAACUUGGCUUUAUCAGAUUUCUAUUCACAAAACUCGUAACUAAGAUCGAGCAACGAAUUGAAUUACGUAGUACGUACGAUCAAUUAAAACAAAUCUGUUUACGAGUACACACACGCAAACACACACAUGUAAAUCCGAAAUGUAGGUAAAGUAUCAAGACGGUUACCCAACCAACAGGCUUCCUACAUCAACUGAACCACAACCACACCUUGCCUUGUGAAAGUAAAGAGAAAGUAAGCAUCGUACCAAACCUAGUCACUGUACGUACAUACGAACUGCGUACAGCCGACUACGUACUAAACGAGUAUCGGCUCGAGUCUGCACAAAAAACUUUCUUUAACCUACUUUCUUCAUAGUCGCGAUCAUCGGUGAGAGGCGAUCUCGUUGUCUCCAGCGAAUUCAGUGUUUCGUGUUUGGUGGUCGGUAGUGGUGUGCUCUGGCCCCUACCAUCCUUCCCAGUGUAGUCCCGAUGGUAGGUGGUGGGAUCGCGUGGGGAUACGGUGGUGAAUGACUCAAGUGGGACUAGAGUGGGCUUUGUUAACCCACCCGUGGAAAAAGUGGGUGAAGAAUGUGUGAUAUGCAGAAAAUGCCUACACGAGAUGAUGAUUCUUGUGACGAAGACUCUGAGAUGAACUUUGCUGCGUUCCAAGCAGUGGGUGGACAGGGGACGCACUUUGUGACUACUGCUGGACAGAUGCCCGUUACUAAGCUGCAGCAAAACAUGACCAAUAAUGGAAAUGCUCUGUCACAGGUGGUGGGCAUGGUGGGCGGGGUGAACAUGGGCGACGGCAUGCAGUACGUGCGCGCCAUCGACAGCUCCACCAUCCCGGGCACGCCGCAGCUCAUCUCCGUGCCCAUCGCCUUGCCUGGGACCAAACCUGGUGACCCACAGCCGACGGUGCAGAUUCAAGUGCUAAGUCCGAAUGUAACGCUACAGCAACAACAGCCAAAGUACCAAAUGCAAAUACCCAUACAGGGAUUCCAGCAAGGCGGCACAGUACUGACGCUCGCCUACUCGCCCGACGGCAAUGAAAAUGGUGGGUUCCAACUUAUAGGAAACUCAUUACCCGAAGGUCUGCAGGUGUUGGCAGCUAUGCCGCACGAGAUGCAGCUAAUACAGCCGCAGCAGGCGCAAGACAGCAAGGAACAGGUGCAGCAGAGUAUGCAGCAUCAGGUGUUCAUAACUCCGAACAAUCAAAUAAUAAUAAACGGGCCGGAUGUGAAGCCUCAGCUCACUAACAAUAACCCGGAAAUAUCUAAUAUUGUUAUCAAGGAGGAGUACGUCGAAAAUGAUGAUGAAAGUUCACAAGGCACAGAAACUGGUGACGGCAACCCGUGGCAGAUCGCCAACUCCUCGCAGGACCUAGUCAAAUACCUCAACACAUUGCCACCGCAACAAAAUUUAGAAGUGAUGCAAAUGUUGUUACAGCAAACGCAGGCAUUGCCCGCCUCGUUACAACAGUUUCUGCGGCUCAACCCGGCCGACAACAACAAGAGGAACGAAGUCACUGUUGAAGUGGAAAUGAGUGCGGACAACAAAAAUGAAAUGCUUGUAGAUGGGGUCAAUGAACCCGUGAUGGAUGAGGAGGACAACAUCCAAAUACUGAACAAGAAGAAGAAGAAAUACAAGAAGAAACCGCCGAAGCCGGCGCGGCCGAGGCCGGGGUCGAUAGUCAUAGCCACAGCAACGGAUGGGACGCCCAUCUUCUGCUGCCCGGAAUGUAAUAUGGCCUAUCCGGAGAAGGAACAGUUGGAGAUGCAUCUGUCUGUGCAUAAGAUCGAGAGGCGGUUCAUAUGCGGCAUAUGCGGAGCUGGACUGAAACGCAAGGAGCACUUAGAACGUCACAAGCUGGGUCACAACCCCGAGCGGCCCUACGUGUGCGGCAUCUGCGGGAAGGGCUUCAAGCGGCGCGAGCAUCUCAACUUGCACGCCGUCAUACACUCCGGCGUCAAGACCGAAAUGUGUGGCCAGUGCGGGAAAGGUUUCUACCGCAAAGACCACCUUCGCAAGCACACGAGAUCGCACGAGUACAAGACCGCUCGGGCGCACCACGACAACAGCUCGGACGCAAAGACCACGCAGACGACGACCACCAACAACAACAUCACUACCAGCAUCACCGCCAACCCCAACACCAUCCUGCCAGAGAUCACUAUACACGUUCCAACAAGUUCGAACAUGCAAGUGCCGGUCCAGAUCAACAUCCCGCAGCACUUGAUGUCGAGCCUGGCCGCGCAGUCCGCGGGCGGCGCGCCGCACGACGCGGCCGACGCGCACGCGGCGCUCGACGCGCUGCUGGCGCAGCACACGUGACGUCACCGCCGGCGUGCGCCGCGAUCACAGAUAGCAGAGGAUCCUCCAGAUAUUGAUGAUGAUGAUCAAGUGACUUUCAUUCUUACCACGGAAGAGGACCUAUGUGAUUUGGAUAAUGUGGCCACAGUGUAAAUUCCCGAAAUGUUAUCCCAGUGAACAAUUGGAGAGAAUUUCGCUUGUUUUAAGAACAUAAAAAAUUAAAAUGGCGGCGAAAGUCAAGCCUUGAGACAUUUUCUAAUAUACUUAUAACUAAUUAGAUUGUUUGUAAAAUGAAGUUUUUUUGACAAUUUGUAAAUAAUGUGAUUGUGUCAACUAUCCGGCUUCGAAGGACCAAGAAAUUGGGGGUAAUUGAAGUAUAAUAUUGAUUCUAAGAAUGAAACAUCUUUGUAUAAUCAAAUCGCUGAUCAUGAUUUUUGAUAUUUAUAACGACUUGUCAAUAAGUUUGCGCGCUGUUGGUUCUGACGAUUUUAAUAAUUUAUUAGAUACAACAUUCGCGCUAAAAUCUGUAUCUAAUUAAAUGUUAUAUAAUAUAGAUUUUUUAAAUUAAAUGAAAAUAAAUGCUCCGCGGAAGAUCACGUGUGUUUUUUCAGUAAAAUCACGUGACUUUACUGUGUAUAUUACAUAUCUUAUUUGCAACUAAUCUAUGAUUUAAUGAAAAUGAGCUUAUUUUUUAAAUUUCGAUGUAUUAACUUAAAUUAUGAAGUAUCGAGUUAAUACAUAUUAAAUUCUUUACAAUGGUCAAAACCUGAUUUUGAUUGAUCUUGUUAUUGAUUUUUGCACGUUAUAUUAUAAUGUAAUAUGCCAAUGUACACGUUUUGAUAAUUACGCAACGUACGUAGCAUACCAUGUACAGCUCGCGCGCUGUAGCAUGGUGCGGAUGACAGUUUGUUCCACUCUUGAAAGUUUACGUAUUAUGAACGUCAUACAGGCGUAUACUAUCAUCCACACCAUGCUACAGCGCACGAACAGUAAUAAUUUGUAAAGUAUGCAGCUAUGUUGAAUAAUUGGACUGAAUACUUGUGUAACUCGGACUAAUUACAUAAGGACUAGUGACCAAAUUCACGAACAAAAAUGUCUGCCAUUUUUUGAAGAAAACGAGCUUACAUUAUAUAUCUUUUACUAAACUAGAAGUUGUUGAUCGCUUUUUGACGUGACAACGUCUUAUAUUUCGAUGGAGCCGGCUGCAUAUUUGAAAAAAUUUGACGUCAUGCGUCGUUCCCUCGCUUUAGGGUUGCCAACUUUUUUUUUACAAGAAAUAAAGUAUAUUCUGGUAUAUGAAGAUUAUUAAACAGAAAAUGUUCGUUUUUCUAAAAUACUAGAAAAACAUAACACACAGAACAUUUUCUUUUGAAAAAUGCAAACCAUUCCAUCAGUUCUUUAACCAACGAACACGAUUACAACUAUGAAACAUCGAUUCUAUAGAGGCUAGUUUUUAACGUUGAUCGGGCAUUAGAUCGUUGACCAUAUACUUUGACAGAAAAGUAACGUCUAGCGAGGCAGGUCCUUAUGUAAUUAGUCUGAGCUUGUGUAGCGUACGAUGUAUAUAUUUGCAACUAAUUGUAUCAUUUAUGACGUAUAACUUUUUGUAACAUAUAUAUACAGCGUUGAUUCAAACUUAUAGCGUACAACGUAUAGUCGUAUAAUUUUGUAACAAGAUAUGCAAUGUUAACAACGCUGCGUACUAAUAAUUUACGUAACUAAUAAUUUACGUACCGUUCUGAUAUGAAAUGGUCAACGUUGCGUUCGUAAAACUAAAAAUUUACGUACCGUACCAAUAUGAAAUGGUCAACUUUGCGUACGUAAAACUAAAAAUUUACGUACCGUUCUAAUAUGAAAUGUUCAACGUUGCGUACGUAAAACUAAUAAUUUACGUACCGUACUUUGAAUAUAUUAGUAGCGUACGUGUAGUACGUACGCACACGCAAAUUACGAACGUAUGACGUAAUAUAGGAAAACGCAGUCUACACGUUUUAGUGUACGGUGCUGGUGUGAGAAGCGGCAAAACGAUUGAGAAUAGUUUUUUUUUUCGAUACGUUAUGAUAUAACGAUGAAGUUUUUAUCGUCAUUACAUGUGUGGUACAUUAACACGUUCGCUGCGGUAAUUUACUCUGGUGCGUUACGAGGUUUUUUGACCUCGUACUAAAACUUUACGUGGUGUGGUACGAGGUCCGUCGACCUCGUAAUUCUUGAAGAGGCUAGGCUUACGAGGUCAAUUGACCUCGUACCGCAGCGAACGUGUUAGGAAUUGUUUUUUAAAUGUACACAGUCAGCCAAUAAAAUUGUAAUACAUGCAAUUACACGCUCGCAGCUUGUUACUGCAUUUUUUUUUUGGAAUCUUCCAUUUGAUUAAAGUUUCGAAAGAAAGAGUUUCUAUUCGUAUUUUUUUUCAUUUGUUUUAUUGAAACAGUUUUAUCACAUUUUAAUUUAUUACAAGCAAACCGAAUAAGAAUUCACAAGAUAGAUUGAUUCUUUUGCGGUUACACAAAUGAAAACUAUUAUACAUAUUAUCAUCCAUUGUUUUUAUUUUUAACCGACUUCCAAAAAAGAAGGAGGAGGAGAGGAAUUAAAGCCGUUUCUGAAAGAACCACAGAAAUUUUAUUUAAACGGCUUGAAUUAAAACAUCACUGGCUUGGCACCGCCUUCAAACUGAUCAGAAGGUAGCACAUAGAAAAUAUGUUUGAAUUGGAAGUCGGUUGAAUUUUUUUUAUUAGAAUUUUUUAAACAAAUAGACUUGAUUUUUUUGUUCUCUUAAAAUGUGGCUGGCUGUGACAAAAAUAAUGUAAUACACAUAUCAAUAUAAGAACUGUACAGUGAUUAGAUAGUAAUUAGACUAAAAUUUUACAAUUAUUCUAAUAAUGUUAUUAGGGAGGUAUUACACUCUAUUUUAUUUUCGCUUUUAAGUUUUUUUUUUUAACACGUUCGCUGCGGUACUUUACUCUGGUGCGUUACGAGGUUUUUUGACCUCGUACUAAAACUUUACGUGGUGUGGUACGAGGUCAUGUUUAUAUUUUAUAUUCUUUUUUUUUUCAAUUCCAUUAUAUUUUUUAAUUCUUAUGCUUAUCUAAAUAUCAGAAAUGUAUCUAGAAUUAGAGUGUAAUAUCCCGAUAAUAAUUAAUAACAAUCAUUAUAAUGUUUAAUACGUAUUUAGAUUUAGCUAAAUUAAUAUUUUUCUUUAGAUCUGCCGAUUAAGUCUAACUUUGUAUAAGUUUUACUAUUUCUAUCUAUUCAUUUACCAACAUUCUUGGGUAUUUUUUUUAUUUAAAGAGUCUUUUCGUGACAUCAAUACAAUAUUUAUGGGAUCAUUCUCUCUAUUUGAUUACAUCUUUGGCGCAGGUCCGUUUUUUGUUUUGCUCUAUAUUUAAAAGAUUUUGGAUUCGAUUCCCUGCUAACUGUUAUUCGCUAACGAUAAAGUCAUUAGAAUUUGUUGGACUUUGGUACGUUUUACAUCAAACAGGAUACACAAUUCACUACGAUAGGUGUGAAAAUAAUGAAAUUAGCUUAUUUUCUAUGUUGGCGAAUAUUAUUUCGGCUAAGAUUCUAAUGGAGUAAUAUAGUAAAAUAUGCAAGAUUUUAGUACAUUUUUCAUUUCUGUAUCGUUAUCAAAAGUGGGCCCAGUUUCGGACAUCUCUUAUAUAAAGUUACAAAACUCGGUUAAUUGACACAAUAGGUUAUAUAUAUGUUUGUUUUAAUUUAAAAUAAAUAAUGUCAGGAUAAGUAAAAACAUUUAAAAACUGCGGAUAUCCUCAAGCCGAAGUAGAUAAAAUCGUCUUAAAAUCCGUUGACACUUUUUCCACCACUGAAAGCGGUCCACAUAACCAUUUAUUUUUCUCAUUAUAUUUGUAGACUAGCGGACGCCCGCGACUUCGUCCGCCCUUAGACCUCUUUAAUCCAGCGCUUACAGUAGUAUCGCUGUAAAAAUGGAGUAACUUCCGUUUUCCCAACAUUUCCCUUCACUGCUUUGCUCCUAUUGAUCGUAGCGUGAUGAAAAGUAUACUAUACCUGCCCAGGCGUAUGAAGAAUAAUUGUACCAAGUUUUGUUAAAAUCCGUAUAGUCGUUUUUGUUUCUAUAACGAACAUACAGACAAAAAUUUUACUGUUUGCAUUUUGGCAUUAAUAUCGACCACUAAUCACCCCCUGAUAGUUAUUUUGGAAAUAUAUUUCAUGUACGGAAUUGACCACUCUACAGAUUUAUUAUAAGUAUAGAUUAAGCUCUAAUCUAUUAGGCGAAGGCGAUAUUAUGCUAUAGCUUUAAACUUUACAAUUAAUUUGGUAUUUUAUAUUUUUGUACUUAACCAUGUUAAUUUAUUAUUCGAUACGUAGACGAAGGUACUAUAGACGUGAAUCAAUAUUUUAUAGUAAAUUAUUAAUUACUGAUUUACUUAAAACUAGCGUAUAUUUUGCGGAUGAAUUAUUUGGAUGUUUUUUUCCUUACGUCCGUCCAAGAUUAGACAAAACUAACCUAUGAUCACAGCCAGGAAAUCCAUUACGUAGUUACAUUUGAACAUAGACAGGCAAAAAAUAAUAUUGAAAUUUUGAAACCCCCGAAUGUAUGAAAGACUUAUGCCAGAAAUUCUUUCUAUCAUCUUAAGUGAACCGGAUCAAAGAAAAUUAUUUAUUUUUAUUUCAUUAUAAAUAAUCGGAUUUCCAUGUCCCAAUUUUCCUACUAUCAAUUUUUUCAUCAAACAAAGCUCACAAGAACACUCGUUCAAGUUAUCAAUAUUCUCUUUCAGUGCGCUUUCAUUUGAGACCCCACUCGAGUAUAUUUGCAGACAUUCGGUUAUUCUUCCCCACUUUCACCCCCCACAACUUUUAAACGGCUCAACCGAUUUUCAUCAAACAUAAGAACACAUAAGUCACCUUUAAUAAAAAAAAAAACAAAAUCGCUUCAUCCGUUCGGCAGCUAUUAUGGUGCCACAAACAGACAGACAGAGAGACACGUCAAACUUAUAACACCCUUCUUUUUGCGUCGAGGUUAAAAAUAAAAAAAAAAACUGCGCAAAACCCUGCUAUGUAAAAUAGUUUGUUGCUUUUUCAUGCCUACCAGUGAUAUUAUUAACUUUAUAUGACGCUACCCAUACAAUAAACCUUUUACAGUACUAGGGAAAAUAAUUUAGAAUUAAAUAAAUGUAACAUCUACAUUUUGAGUUUAUUUGACAAUUAUUUGUGAUUUUAUAUUUUUAACCAUAAAAGUCGCAUGAGCUUAGCCACUAGGAAAGUCGUUUGACUAUAGACUUUGAUGUGAGCCAAUAGGGUCCAUUUUUUAUAUCAUAAAAAAACCACUUUUCGCUGCAAAAUUAAACGCUUAUAACUUAUUUUCAUUAUACAAUUAUGUAAUUAUUGUUAUUUUAAAUAAUUUUUAAACUUAUUUUGUAUAAUAAAAUAAAAAAUAAUGAUCCUUUUUUAAGCGUCUAUACUAUCCCUAUUGUAAUGAGGUGCUCUUCUUUUGUAUUCGGAUCGUAUUUGUAGGAAUUUUGUAUAGAAUUGUACAUAGAUUAGUAUUUAAGUCGAAUUAGGUCGUAAAUAUCAUUAAUUAAAGAGCACAGACUUAGUAAUGAUUUAAUUGUGAUCCCACUCAAUAUGCGAUGGCGCAAUUGAGUGACCUUUAAAGGAAAAUGUGUCUAAUUGUACUAGUUUUAAAGUUGAAACUCGUGCAUGCAACUACAAUCAUUAUACCCAGUACUUCAUCUUGUGAAAUAAAAUUCGACGGUAUGUAAUUUAAGACUUUAUCGCAAACGUUUAAAGUUGACUUUAGCCUGACGCUAUCUGCCUCGACUAUGUAUGUUCUCGAUGUCAUUAUCUAAAAUGCGGCCGCUCAGAGAUAGAGUUUCUGACUUGUCGAAUCGACGUAAUCGAAUGGACGAUGUUCGAACUGGCGAAUUUGUCUAUUGAUGAGACAAAAUAACGAGGCAAUUGUAAUUGAAUACGAUUGUCCCAUUCGAUUACGACCUCUCAGAAACGCAAUCUCUGAGCGGCCGGACUUUAGUGCCGAGUAAGGCAGACUUUACCCUGUGUUUACUAAGUCCAUGAGUUUCCACUCGUCAGAUUAUAUAAGUUCUAGUUUUAUAUCAGUGCUUCUAUUCGACAGUUUUUAAAUAAAGUAACUUAUAUGGUCGGUUUACGUUAUUACGUUUUAAUUUUUUUACUUUUUAAAGUAAAAUGUUAGGAAUCGCCAAUGACUUUAAUAGUAUUGAGAUACGUUACGUGUCCACAAAGUCACCGCAAAAGUGUUCUAAACUGUGUUUACUUACAUUAUGUAUUUAUGUAUAUAUAGUUUUUACACUUCUUGAACACACAACUCGGCAUUGUAGAUAAUAUUUAGGUAUUGUUGUUUACAACACAGGCACACAAUUGGCUUAAUUUCAUUUAGUCGCACUAAAUGAAAUUAAGCCAAUUGUGUGCCUUUAUUCGCCUCAGUUUCGACGCGCUAGUACUAUAUCUAAUAGUAUAAAAUCAUUGGGUACAGUUUUUUCAAGUACCAGAAAAAUUAAAAUCCAUUAUGUCCAAAACGACGUGCCAAGAAAGACGAUCGAAAGUAGCGUAUUGACGAAAGAGAGAUAUUUCGACUCGGCUGCUAUUGGUCGACAAUAUGUAUUUUCUCAUCAUUACCGUCCCCUCAUGCUAAGCCUACACAUGUUGUGAAAAAAAGGAAUAUUUUAUUUAAAUUAAAUAUUUACUUAAAAAUGUGGUAAGUGUUUGCUAUGAAAAGUUUUAAAACAUAUCAGAACUUUGAUUUUACUUUAUUUAAAAACACGAUGAAAAGCACUGAGGUUUAAUUUUAAAAAGUUCGAAUUUUUCAUUGUAAUUAAAAAUAAAGUUAACCAAUUUAGAUUGUUAUUUUUAUACAUUUUUUUAUUGUGUAGAAAUCGAGUAUUAUAAAUUGUAAAGCAUAAUACAUAAGUAAAUAGACAAAUCCAGCUCCUUUGGAGAGUUAAGAUGUAUUUUUUUUGUAUAAAACUUAUUUGUUAAUGAUGAGAUUAAGAAAUAAAAUCACUGAUUUUGUAGAAA